AUGUCUGUUCCGCACUUGCCGCCACAAGAUAAUGGCACCGAUGUUCGACACCUCGCCUCCACGUCGGCAGCUGCUGUGACCACGCCUACAGCUGCGACUUUUGCAGCGCGUGGGGCAAUGGCCAGCAGCAACGCCAUUGCUCAAUCCUCAGCGGGCGCCUCUUCAGCUCUGGCGGAGUCGCGCAGGCAAAGUGAGGGCCGGCCUCAUGUACCUCGUCUCGAGACAGACGCGGCCGCUCUAGGCUUCGCAUCGCCCUCCCGUCCUUUUGCCGAUUCCAAGCAGAGCGGCUUUGCGGAAGAUGCGCCACUUGUGCUCGCCUCGGAAUCAACAUCCAAGCAAUCGACGUCUUCAAAGACUGGGGCAUUCUUUGGAUCCAAUGGAGGCGCAUCCUCUACGCCGAUUUUGCCAGCCAGCGCCAGCGGCUCCAGCAGCUUUGCGGGUUGGAGCUCACACAGGAGAGAGACGUCCGCAACCUCCUCGGUCUCCUCGGCAGUGGGCAAUCAAAGCUUGGUGGGAGAUACGAGUGCAAGGUUGGGGCACAGCAGCAGUACCUUUUCGAUAGGUUCCUUGGACAGCGUAGGAGGCAUCUCGACGAGCGGACCGGAAGGCGCUACUGGCAUCGUACGACAAGGAUCCUCAGGCAGAGCGGCAUCCGGUCGAUGGGCUGGAGGUUUCGGCAGCAGUUUGCAGACGCCCAGCACGGGAGAUUUGAGCUCCGCUUCGUCUACCCGUUCUAGGAGGGUGUGGGAAGAGUUUGAGGGCAAGCCCAUCACCCCCCUACCCUCUCCCGGUGUCGUGGCAGCAUCCAAUCAGGCCGCUGGACUGGGCUACUUCGAGUCGCGCUCGGCUGGUCUUGGAGCAAACGAUCAAGCCAGCACGUCGCGGAGCUCCCUCGAAAGACAGGGGCGUCCCUCCCACGACUUUAUGAGUCGCACCCACUCGCAGGAACAGGAAGAGCAUGCGGAACCCGAGACGCCCGUAUCUCGCAACAGGGCCUUUUUCGGCAGCAGCGCUCCAUCUCCUUUGGGACAAAUCUCAUCACCCGUCUCCGCUUCCUCAUUCUUCUUCUCGAGCGCAGCACCCAAAGCGACACCUGCUCCCGCUCCUUCGCGUGGCGCAACAGCUCCGCGCGCAGCUAGCGGAGGCGGUAGUUGGCUCGCCCGUGGCGCUAUCGGUGCAGGGACAGAUGAAGUCGCUCGACCCGAGUUCGCCUUAUCUCCACCCGCGACGCUGGCUAGCGCACCCAAUGCCAAUCUGCGCGGGCCAUCUCGAUUGCCAACCAUGCCGGUUGCGGGCAUGCCCAUUUCCGGGACGUCUUCUGUCGCUUCCACCCCACCUGCCUCUUUAGCUCAGGCGCCGAUGGAGAGCUUGGCAAGUGCGAUGACGGGACAUGCAAUACCGCCCUGGAUCAAGCAGAGUCCACCUCCGAGCACGACCACGCGGGCAUUUGUGCAAAAUCCGCAGCUUGCGUUGGCCGAGCGAAUGAGCUCCCUACCCUCUGCUGCUCUUGGCGCGGGAGACGCGAAUCGAACCGGAGAUGCUCCACAUCCACAAGCACCGUCGCAAGGUCAUGGGCCAAUCCUCACGCCCGAAACUCAAUUUGCCCGCAUUGGCGUUUCUGAUCCUCCAGUGCUGGAGCCUGCGCCUGCUCGAUCUCGCAAUGGCUCUUCGCAAAGCGCGGCUGAAGUUGCAGGUGAUAGGGCGGACUCGCUGCUGCUUCCUGCAGCUCAGAGGAGGGGCGGAGCGAGCAGGCACGUCCAUGGACCUUCAGAAAACGCUAGCGGAUCCUCCUUCUUGCCCGUCGCCGCCUCUUCCUCCGGCGCUGCUGGCCCUCGCGUGGAGCUCGGUAGCGGAGCUGCGAUAGAUGGCGCGAGGAGACAGUCGGCAGCGACCAUCACGGGCAUGGGCACCGGCACCGGCACGGAUGCGGAUGCGGAUGUGGAGGAGGAGGAAGAUGCGAAUGAAGGCAGGGUAGGACAGUACGUGAUUGAGCGAACAUUGGGAAUGGGCGCUUUCAGCCGCGUGGUUCUCGCCAGGCGAAUAGCUCGCGAUGCGAUACCCAAUUCGGAUACCAAUCGCUCCCGCAUGCAUAGCCCCACAACGGCUUCGAAGGAGAAUGCAGCGGCGGAAGCAUUUGGGAAUGCGAACGGAAAGAGUGCGGCACAGCCGGGGCAGCAGCUCGUGGCUUUGAAAAUGCUCGAGAGGGAACCUUGCGCGCAGAACGAACGGAUGCGCGUCAGCUGGGUCAGAGAAGUGGAGGUUUUGAAAGUGAGUCGCGAGGGGUGAGAUCAGGUUGGGAGGGUGGAAAGGCCUCUUUUUUGUUUUUCUAAAGCCCCGCUGAUCUUCCCUUGCUGCCCUCACCCUCGCACCAAAAGCACAUUUCGCACCCUAGCAUUGUACGAUUCAUCGCCUCUUUUUCCACACCGCGGCACCACAAUCUGGUCUUGGAACAUGUGGACGGAGGCGAGCUGUUUGAGUUUCUUGCAAAGUACCAUCCCAUGCUGGCUGCGAGGGAAUGGCUGGUCAGGCGGGUAUUUGGAGAGGUUGCGCACGCUGUGGGUUGGAUGCACUCUAUCCAUCUCGUGCAUCGAGACAUUAAGCUCGAGAGUGAGUGUGCAGCGGCAUUUUUCGACGUUGAUGUUACUGCUCACAAGCGGCCCUUCUCUCGACUUGCUUUAUAGACAUCAUCCUCACCAAGGACAUCUUUGCGGCUGUAGCUGGACAAAACGUCGCGCCGGCCGAUGUUGCACCUGUGCCGCUACUCAAGAUUUCCGACUUUGGCCUCUCGCGCUUUGUGGAUCCGGCUUCGCCGAUGUUGGAAACGCGAUGCGGGUCGGAAGAGUACGCAGCGCCGGAGCUGAUCAUCGGCAAGCGGUACGAUGGUCGAGCGACGGAUGUGUGGGCGUUGGGCGUGGUGCUGUAUGCGCUGAUUUGCGGAUUCUUGCCAUUUUUGGAGGAUUCAGCUGGAGGAGGAGUGGCUGCUGCUGCUGCGAGGGAAGGGGGUCAGGAGCGAAGUGCGAGGGAGCGCAAAGCUCAUCUGUUGCGCAUCGCCAAGGGGGAUUUGAGGUGGCCUGCAUUGACCAAUGAGGCCUGCUUGGACAUGCCUCGCGCUCCUACGCCGCCAAGCAAUAGGCUCGUCACGCCCGCAGCUAGACACAUCACUGCUCGGCUGCUGAGAAGAGAUGCCAACAAGAGGGCGGCGGCUUGGGACGUCUUUGAGGAUGCUUGGAUGCUUCACGGCAGCUUUCCUCCAGAGCAGCCGGAAUCGUCUGCGUUGGGUCAGAAGACCAACACUCUGACGGCAAUCUGCUUGCACAAUCCUAGGAGCGGCCAGGGUCAACGUUGGCUUCAAGAGCACGCGCGCGUCAUCGGUGCGGUCGCGGACGUUGCGCGUGACGAUUGA